CUCGGAUGAUAUGAUACCAUCAUAGAAAGAGGGGUAGUGCUCCGCUCCGUGAUCGGACUAUACCCAUACCUCCCCGCUACACAUAUACCUCUUGAAAUAUACCUGAGUAUAUAUAUCCAUCCAUCCCUUCUACCUCCCAUCAUCACCACCAUCACCAUCACUACAAUCAUUCCUCUACCACCACCACAACCAACCAACCAACCCCAAAAACCCCCAAACAAACCAAAAAUGCCCACCGAAAUCCCCCUCCCACCCCCCUUCUCCUCCAUCCCGCGCCACCCCCUAACCCUCUUCCCCUCACCCAUCCACCCCCUCCCCCUAAUAACCACCGCCCUCACCAACACCACCGCCCCAACCACCAAAACAACCAUCUACGCCAAACGCGACGACAUAAACUCCUCCCUAGCCAACGGGGGCAACAAAACCCGCAAACUCGAAUACCUGAUCGCCGACGCCCUCUCCACCAACUCCACAACCCUGAUUUCCAUCGGGGGGAUCCAAUCCAACCACACCCGCCAAGUAGCCGCAGCCGCCACCGUGACGGGCCUCAAAGCGCGGCUAAUCCAAGAAGACUGGGUGCCCUGGACUGACGCCGGCUACUCGAAAGUAGGCAACAUCCAACUCUCGCGGCUCAUGGGAGCCGACGUGCGGCUUGACCCGUCUGGCUUCGGAAUCGAACAUAAGAGUACUUUGAAGAAACUCGAAGAGGAGUGUUUAUCGAAUGGGGAAAAGCCAUACUAUAUCCCGGCGGGCGCGUCCGAUCAUCCGCUUGGUGGGCUGGGAUUCGCGCGCUGGGCGUUCGAGGUCCGAGAACAGGAGAAGGAGAUGGGGGUGGAGUUUGAUACGGUGAUUGUUUGUGCGGUGACGGGGAGUACCAUGGCGGGGAUGAUUGCUGGGUUUAAGUUAUUGGAGAGGAUUGAUAAGGAGAAGGGGACGGGGAGAGGGAAGACGCAGGUGAUUGGGAUUGAUGCUUCGGCGAAGCCGAAGGAGACGAGGGAGCAGGUGUUGAGGAUUGCGAAGGUGACGGCGGGGAAGAUUGGGUUGAGGGAGGAGGAUAUUACGGAGGAGGAUGUGGUGUUGAAGGAGGAGUAUCAUGGCGGGGUGUAUGGGGUGCCGGAUCGGAAGACGUGGGAGGCGAUUGAGUUUGCGGCGAAGACGGAGGCGUUUAUCACGGAUCCGGUCUAUGAGGGGAAGAGUUUUGCGGGGUUGAUGGAUUUGGUGAAGAGGGGGGAGAUUGAAGGGAAUAUUUUGUUUGCGCAUUUGGGUGGACAGUUGGCGUUGAAUGCCUAUUCAGACUUGGGGAAGACGAAUGAGUAGAUGUGUUGCAGAUAAUAGGAUGGGCAGUUUAAUGCAGUGUGUUUUAUCUACGAACAAGAUGAAUGUGUCAAAGUCAAUUGAUCAAUGU